UUAGGGUAUUUAUUGAUUAGAAUGAUUUUAGAUGAAGAAAUUAGAAUGAAACACUGAAGAACUGAAUGUGGCAUUGCAAGUUAUGAUCGUGUUAUUUUGGUUUUACCAAAUGCAUGGUUUUUAUUCUAGAGUUAAGUUAUCUGUCAUGAUUCUAUUGGGGCUUGCUAUUUUUACACCAAUGCAAUUUUGGGUUUGUGUAUGUCUUCAUGUGUAAAUGUAUGUUGUUAAUAGCGUUGAGGUCUACUCUUGUGCAAUGCUAAAUGCUGUGCAGUAUGUUUUCAUGUUGCGGCUGUGGUGGCCGGUGUCAUGAUGUUUUGCAAGCAAGAUGUCUGCCAGAAUUCGCAAUAGUGGCGAUCAGGUUGUGGAAAUAGGUGACGAGAUGUUGUCGGUUUUAGGGUUUCGCAUAAUGGGCUUUUUUAGGAUUUAACAUAAUGGGCUUUUUAGAAAGUCCAAUGAUGGGCCUGAGUAUCAUUAAUGAAGAAUUUGUUUCUCUCUUUGGGUUUUGGGUUUCUUCAUCAGUGACAGCUUUUUGCUUCUUUGUUACUUCCAAUAAUAUUAGAUUAAGGUCGUAACCCUACAUGUUAUCCCAUUAUCUCAGUUUCGAAAUUGGCCGCUUUCGCUGCUAUUUGGGGUUUACAAUAUAUGACACUCUUUGAAAAAGAUCCUCUCGUGCUUUUGUUAGUUAAUUGAACUGAAACUUGGAAAGAGUACACAACAUUUUUGCAAUGAGUAUUGUUGGAUACAGGUCAGACGAGGAAUGCUCCGUUAUAGGGGAAAAGGCUGAAAUUGGAUUUCUAGAUUUUGAGGAAGAGAGAUCUGUUUGCAGUUAUGUUCCUGAUGACGGGGCUCCGAUAGUCGUAUCUGUCCCGUUUGCAUUUGUGAAUGGGAAGCCUCAAUCAGUAUUUCUUGGAGAUACUGCUGUGGAAUUAAUAACUAUUAAUAAUACUACUGAUGAACCAGUGGACCUGUGGGGUGUUCAUAUUUUUGCAUCAAAUCCUCCAGACUCUUUUACUCUUUCUCUUAUGGAGCCUCCACGGGACAAUUCAGAUUCAGAGAGCUUUAUAGAAUCUUUUAGAGUGGAGGACAGGAUGCUUCAGCCUCGCGAGGUGUUAAAUAUAUGGCUCUCUUGCAAGACAAAAGACAUGGGCAUGUACUCAUCUGUAGUGUAUUUUGACAUUGGAGAUGAGAAAAUUGAAAGGGUGGUUUUCCUCCUAGUUGAAGACAAGAUCUCAAAAUCUCUGGCUUCUAACAGACCUUAUUCAAAAGGAAGGAAGAAAGAAAAAUUUGUUGUUGACGCUUUUGUUCCCGGCUCACGCCCUGCAGGGAAGGCAAAUCGAAAAUACGUUAAUAGGCUUCCAAGAUAUGAUGUUCCCAAGGAUAUUAGACUCUUGCUUGAAGACAAUCAGAAUCAGGUCCCUCAAGUCGUUGAAGAUGGUCUUACAAGAAGGAGUUAUGCGUCUUUUUUCAAAACACUAAUCAUAAUGGAAGAGAUACAAUUAGAGGAUGAUAUGAGAACUUAUGACAUGGAAUGUAUAACUAUGAGAAGGAGAGGCAAUAAUUAUUUGUCCAUGGAGGUACCUGGGCUUGCUGAAAGAAGGCCAUCACUGGUGCACGGGGAUUAUAUCUUUGCCAAGCUGGCUUCCGAACAAGACCAGAACUCUGCACCUGUUUAUCAGGGAUUUAUUCACCGGGUUGAAGCUGACGAGGUCUAUUUGAAAUUUGAUCCUGAAUUUCACUAUUACCAUAGAGAUGAAGAUCUCUAUAAUGUCCACUUCACGUAUAAUAGGAUCAAUAUGAGAAGGUUAUAUCAAGCAGUUGAGGCAGCAGAAAACUUAGGAACUGAGUUUCUUUUUCCAUCUACAUCCAGAAGAAGGUGCAUUAGAACCACCAAUCUGGUUCCCAUAUCUGGUUCUUUAAAUGAGGAGCAAAUGUGUUCUAUCAAAAUGAUUCUGGGUUGCAGAGGUGCACCGCCUUAUGUGAUUCAUGGGCCUCCAGGUACAGGAAAGACUAGGACAAUAGUUGAAGCAAUCCUCCAGCUCUACCAACAUUAUAAGAAUACUCGUAUUCUUGUCUGUGCCCCCUCAAACAGUGCAGCAGACCACAUACUGGAGAAACUCCUUGCUGAAAAGGAUAUUGAAUUUCGAGAUAGUGAAGUAUUUAGGCUCAAUGCCACUACCAGGCCAUAUGAGGAUGUAAAACCUGAAUUUCUUCGCUUCUCCUUCUUUGACGAGAUGAUAUUUAAGUGCCCCCCAGUCAGUGCCCUCAAACAUUAUAGGAUUGUGGUAUCCACAUAUAUGAGUGCAUCUCUUCUUUUUGCAGAAGAUGUUUCCCGCGGUCACUUCUCUCACAUUUUCUUGGAUGAGGCUGGCCAAGCUUCAGAACCUGAAACCAUGAUCCCUAUAGCCCAUCUCUGCAGAAGAGACACUGUUGUUGUUCUGGCUGGAGACCCAUUGCAGUUAGGCCCAGUAAUAUUUUCCAAGAAAGCAGAUGAUUUCCAAUUGGGGGUUUCUUACAUGGAACGAUUGUUUAAAUGUGAGUUAUAUGGCAAUGGAGAUGCCAAUUAUAUUACAAAACUGGUUAAAAACUACCGAUGUCACCCAGAGAUUCUACACCUCCCUUCAAAGCUGUUCUAUUCUGGGGAAUUGAUGGCAUGUAGAGAUUCCACAACUUUCACAAUGACUGCGGAUUUUCUCCCUAAUAAGGAUUUCCCUGUUCUUUUCUUUGGUAUCCAAGGGUGCGAUGAAAGAGAAGGGAAUAACCCUUCAUGGUUCAACCGAAUCGAAGUGAGCAAGGUUGUAGAAACUGUUAAGAGGCUGAUUGCUGGUGGUAAAAUAACUGAAGAAGACAUAGGCAUUAUAACACCAUAUAGGCAACAAGUAUUGAAAAUAAGACAUACGCUUGAAAAUCAUGAUAUGCCUGAUGUCAAAGUUGGCAGUGUUGAGCAAUUUCAAGGACAAGAAAAAGAUGUUAUCAUUGUAUCGACUGUUCGAUCAACCAUCAAACACAAUGAGUUUGACAAAGUCCACUGUCUUGGCUUUUUGAGCAAUCAUAGAAGGUUUAAUGUGGCUAUAACCCGUGCUAUAUCAUUGCUGGUUAUUAUUGGAAAUCCCCAUAUUAUAUGCAAGGACAAUCAUUGGAGUCAAUUGCUGUGGCACUGUGUGGACAAUUCAUCCUAUCUGGGUUGUGCUCUUCCAGAAAGGAUAGAACGUUUUGAUGAAGAUGUUGGAGAGAACUCCGGCUUUGGCUUCAACGAAGAUAACACAUGGCCCUCUAACAAUGGAGAAUUUGGUCAAGAUUCCUUCCAGACAGAUCUCCCUAAACCCGACACCAAUGAAGCUGGAUGGUCUGAUGGGUGGAAUUCUCACAAUGUAGAAUCUGGUCAAGGUGAAUGGUCUGAUGGCUGGAACACAUUGCCCCCUGACAAUGUAGAAUCUAGUCAUGGUGAAUGCUCUAAUGGCUGGAACACACCCUCUAACAAUGUAGAAUCUGGUCCAGAUACCUUCCCAGAGCUCCCUAAGCCUGUUACCGAUGAAGCUGAAUGGUCUGAUGGCUGGAAGUAGUCCAGUACCAAGUACUUGGACUCUGAUAUUCACAUUUAUACUAUCUUUUUGAGGCAAUUAGUUUAUGCCGAUUUUUAACAUCAUUUGAGUUUUGCAAUUAGAAUGAUGUUGAAAAAAAGACUGCUGCCAGCUUUAUUAUGACGGCGAUUAGAGAAAAAGAAAAGUUAGAAUUAUUUUAUUUUUCUAAAAUGAUAUGGUACUGGCAUUGAAUCUAGAAGAAUUGAUUAAUUAGAUGAUGUUAAACUCC